GCGGGUUGCUAGCUGCAGCUGCUGCCCGGUGCUGCUGCUGGUGCCAAUUGUCGUUUGUUGUGCCAAUUGUCAUUUGUUAUAUCUACCGUAUUGUUUUAUCAUGACAGACGUUCAUGUUUAUCUUUAACGCGAUUUUUAAUUAUAACAUUCACAUUUAUUUACAAAUUUAAAGUUGUGUUGUAUUAUAAUAAAUUUAACUGUAACAUUAUCAUUUUUACGUGUAAAAACUGUUAACGAAGAAACCAAACAAGCUAUUUAAAAUCCCACAAGAUAUACUCCGAAUGGUUUGAAAACUGCAAGCAGAAAGACUUCUAAGGAACACACAUUAGAUGCUGUAUGUCCCCUACAUAUUGUGACGUCCGUGGUUCAUAACAAUAAACGAUUAAAGCCGACAUCGUGUAAUCUAACAUCACCAACAGUUUUCAAUAAUGGCUGACAAACUGAAGGAACGUGUGACUAAAAAACAAGGAAGCGAACCUAAUAUGAGCCAAUACUCACAGCUUAUAAAUGAACUAAAGAAUGUGUCGACAAUUAAAAUCGAAGAAGACGAAAUAGACGAAUGUUACUACAGAUCCAUAAUUGAAAUAGAAGAGGACAAUGGCGUAUUGGAUGGUUUUUCAGACUGUUCAAACGAUAUGAAUACAGAAAACAUUGAAAUUUCUGAUGAUUGUAGUUUGACAACCCAAAAUUCUACCGAAGAAAAAGUCAAAGAAAUAAAUCAGAGUUCCACUGAAAGUAACAACGAGAUAAAUACUAAAACUAAAAUAGACGAUUACAACAGUUGUACCGUUGAGACUCAAGUAGAAGUUGAAAGAAAUAUGUUGUUCGAUGACCAUAUCGCCAAAGACCAAAAUAUCAAAAUGAAGCCAUACAAUGUUGAUAAUGGAUCGAUUGACGAGGCGAGUAUCCCAACAAAAACGGACGGAAAUUACCAAAAAGAUUCGGUUGAUAAUUAUCAGGUUCCAACAAAAACCACUAAAAAAGUUUUAAACAAAAUGGAGUCGUUUGAGUGUGACCUGUGCAAAAAAUCGUUUAACGCUAGAAGGAAUAUAAUUCGUCAUUUUGCAGUAUCCCAUAGUGCAAAUGUAAAGGUUAACUCUGCAUUCCGAAAAGGAAAAAAAAAAUUACCAAAACUCCUCCACAAAUGUGAAACAUGCAUGAAGACGUUUGCAGCAAAAUCCACUCUUGUAUUACACCAACGCGUGCAUACCGGCGAGAAGCCCUUCAAAUGUGACGAGUGCCAAAAAUGUUUUUCUCAAAAAGGCUAUCUGAAUUUACAUAAACGCGUGCACUCUGGCGACAAGUCCUACGAAUGUGACGAAUGCCAAAAGUGCUUCCCUCGCGAAGACCAUAUGAUACAACACAAACGCGUGCACACCGGCGAGAAGCCCUUCAAAUGUGACCAGUGCCCUAAGUGUUUUUCUCAUAAAAGCUCUCUGAUUCUACAUAAACGCUUGCACACCGGCGAGAAUACCUACGAAUGUAAUGUUUGCUCGAAGUGUUUUUUGACGAAAAACAAACUUGUACGACACAUUUCCAUUCACACUAGUGAAAAGCCUUACACGUGUAAAUUAUGCUCAAGGUCUUUUCGGUUAGAAACCUCCUUGGUAAAACAUGAACGCUACCACGUCAAGAAACCCUACAAGUGUGACGAGUGCUCAAAAUGCUUCAUACAAAAUGCCCAUCUGAUACUGCACAAACGCUUGCAUACCGGCGAGAAGCCCUACAAUUGUGAUGUGUGUUCGAAAAGUUUUAAAACGCGUGCCAAUCUCGCACAGCACAGCAUCCGACACACCGGUAAGAAGCCGUUCGAAUGUGACGAGUGCGCAAAGUGCUUUGCUCAAAAAGCCCACCUGUUACAACACAAACGCGUGCACACCGGUUAUAAGCCUCACAAAUGUGACGUGUGUUCAAAGUGUUUUUCGAACAAAUCCGCUCUUGUAACACACGAACGCAUACACACCGGAGAAAAACCUUAUAAAUGUGACAAAUGUCCAAAGUGUUUCUCUCAAGUAGGCCAUUUACAGAUGCACAAACGUGUGCACUCUGGCGAUAGGCCCUACGAAUGUGGUGUUUGCUCCAGGCGUUUUUUGACUAAUUCCAAUCUUGUACAACAUCAUUGUCACACCGAGGAGAAGCCCUACAAGUGUGAAGAGUGCCAGAGGUGCUUCUCUCAAAAAGCCAAUCUGAUACUGCACAAACGAGCCCACUUGAGCGUUAAGCCCCAUAAGUGUAACAUAUGUGCAAUGCUGUUUUCGUUGAAGUCCAGAUUGUUGCGACACGAACGUUUGCACGCUCGUGAACCUUUUAAAUGUGACGUAUGUUCAAAGUCGUUUCGGCAGAAAUUUAUGUUGGUAAAUCACAACCGCCUGCACACCGGUGAAAAACCUUACACGUGUGGCGUGUGUUCGAAGUCGUUUUCGAUGAAGUCUGUGCUAGUGUCGCACGAGCGCGUGCACCUUGAAGAAAAGCCCUACCCAUGUGACAAGUGCCCUAAGGGUUUCUCUCAAAAGUCCCAUCUAACACUGCACAAACGCGUGCACGCCGGUAUUAAGCCCUACGAAUGUACCGAGUGCCUAAAGCGCUUCUCUCAAAACUCUCACCUGACACUGCACAAACGCGUGCACUCUGGUUAUAAGCCCUACAGUUGUGACCUGUGCUCUAGGCCGUUCACAACAAAAUCCGCCCUUGUACAACACGUCCGCAUGCACGAAGACGAUAGGCGUUACGAAUGUGACGAGUGCCGAAAAACGUUCGUCCAAAAAGCUCAUAUGAUACAACAUAAACGCGUGCACACUGGCGAUAAGCCCUUUGAAUGUAGCGAGUGCCUAAAGUGCUUCUCGCAAAGGAGCCACCUGACACUGCACAAACGCGUGCACACUGGCGUAAAGCCCUACAAAUGUGACUUGUGCUCUAAGAGUUUUACACACAAUUCGGCUCUGGUACAACACAAACGCGUACACACCGGCGAAAAGCCGUACGAAUGUGACGUAUGCCAUAAGCGCUUCACUCAAACUGCCCAUAUGAUACUACACAAACGCGUACACACUGGUGUUAAGCCCUACGAAUGUGCUGUGUGUUCGAAGUCGUUUUCGACAAAAUCUGCUAUUGUAAUGCACAUGCGCAUACACACCGGUGAGAAACCAUACGGAUGUGACGUGUGCCUAAAAACUUUCACUCAAAAGGCCAAUCUGAGGCUACACAAACGAGUGCACACCGGUGAGAAGCCUUUCAGUUGUGGUGUUUGCUCAAAGAGUUUUAUGACGAAAUCCAAUCUCGUACAGCACAACCUCUAUCACGCCGGUGAGAAGACCUUCAAAUGUGACAAGUGCCCCAAGAAGUUUUUUUUGAAAUUUACUUUAAUGCAACACCAACGCACUCACAACCCACAACUCGAGAAGCCUCACAAAUGUCACUUGUGCCCUCUGUCUUUUUUGUCGAAAUCGGACUUAACGCGUCACUUGAACGUGCAUACUGGCGAUAAGCCCUACAAAUGUGGCGUAUGCUCAAAAUCGUUUUCGUUGAAGUCCAAUCUGACGAGACAUGAACUCUGUGUUCACUCCGGCGAUAAUUCCUAAUAAAAUAUACUUGGUUUUAAAAAAAAAAAACAUUUCCUUAAAAAUACUACACAAUUUACGUAGGUUUAAAUUAUAUUAUUAAAAUGUAUUUAAGUUGAUUUUACUCGUUUAUGUAAUGAUCUAUUUAUAGUUAAUAAUAUCCAGUACACCUUAUUUUGAAAUUUAUUUAAAUUAUACUUUAGCGAUUCAUUUUAUUAGGUAAUAUUUUCAUAGAUUAAGCAUAAUAACUUAUUUAUUUAU